GAAUGAAUACCAAAAAGCAAAUGUUUGUUUUCAUGAAUUUGUACGAUAAAUUCAAUUUUUACUUCUUUGUGGCUGUGGUAACUAGUGACCACGGAAGCCAGUGUCGUGACGUAUUCAAUGUGCGACCGCUUGCAUGAAAUCGACACAUGACACAAUCAGUCGUGAUGUAUUUUGCAACAGGCGUCUGGUCGUCCAGGCGAAGAGAGUAUACACGAAAAUUAUGUGGUCCAGGUAUCGGUUCAUUUGGGUAAAUACAUGUUGCUACAUAUUUCUGAAUUAAUUGGAGUCAGUCAAGACAAUACUAAACAUGCUGACGUCUAAUAGUGUGUGCUACAUUUUGGUUAGAGAAUUUUUUUUGCUGCACGCUUUGGUCCCAAAUCCUUUCGGUGUGUUGUUGGAGGCUCUGACAUGACACAUGCGGGCUAGCUUCAAACGUGGUUCAAGUUAGCUAGCUAGCAUACCGGUAGUUAGGAUUCACAGUAGCCAAUAAUCAAAACAUUGUAUUGCCGUGCCAGUAUGUACAUUGCCAGAGAGUAGGUAACGCUACUGUGAACUAGCUAUUUGAGUUAUAUAUUAGUUAAAUUAGGCAUCUUAAGGGCAUGUUUUUCUCAGCGUGUGGUGUCUAUAGUACGUCUAGCCAGUCGGCUGAGGAGGCAAAGAAGGGAAAAAUAGAAGGCAAGGGUCAGGUGUCUUGUUUUCCUUCCUCGGACCCAACUGAAGGCACUCAAAUGGGGAGCCAUACCCUGGAGACCAUGACCUAUUCGAGUCAUUCACUCAAAAGCGGUAAGCUCUCAGCCGUCCAGUCAAACACACGGCUAGAGCUAUUAGUCCCUCUCUCACACAAGAGCAGGAUAAAGCACAAACUUAAAGUGGAGCCUUCCAUUGUCUCUGCUCCAGUCCUCCCUAGUGUAGCUAUUAGCAACCAUGGGCUUGAACCUGACUCUGAGUGCAUUGCUCCCACAGACAACACUCAAGCAAAUCUGAGAUCAGAUCUAAAGCAGAUCUCUGUGUCUCAUACCUGCUCUGACCUGCCCCUGAGUCAGUCCCCCUCCAUGCACUCCCCUUGCCCUCCCUCCACAGUGCACAUCAAUAGACAGCCCCUGCCAGUCACACACGCCUCUUACCUCUGCUGCAGCCCUGUGGCACAGGUCCACGACCCAUCCCUAACCACAACCACAGCCCCCAUUAGAUCCACAAACCAUAGACAAUGCCUGAAAAGGGGCCUAAAGCACAACAGAAAAGGAGUCUCUCCUCUCUCCAUGCGACACAAGAGGCAUUCGCGGCGCCGGUGUAACAUCCAGUUCUGGUGCCAGGUGUGGCUGAAGCGGGGGCACAGAAAGUGGCGGAGAGCCAGGUGUCUCCACUGGUUCUCCAUGAUCAGAGCUAAAAGACUGGCGGAAACCAGGAGACUCCUGUCUAUUGUCAACACACAGAUGUCUUAUAAAUACACUGGGGAAUUGGAGGAAAGUCAGAAAUGGCAGAAGGUACGCAAAGGAAAAGAAGUGGUCACUACGGCCAUUGCAUGUGAUGGUCAAGGCCUGGACAGUGCAGAGGACAGCCAGGCAAAGGGGAGUUUGGAACAGAAGGUGUGUCCGUCUGUGGGCACAUCAGUGCUGUGUAGCAACCCUGUCAAGGAGGAGGACCAGGGCAUAGUCAGAGCUAGGGAUGCGGCCACCGCCACUAAACAGGACACAUUGGUGACAAAGCGAGCAGUGCUGCAUCUACCUCAGAGCCAGUGGGCGUCCACGGACGUCAGCUGGGAAGCAACAACGACGCUCAUCCAUGAGUUCCUUGACUGCUUCUAUGUGAAGUACGGAAGUUUCAUCCCAUUGAGCAAGAGCGAUGUACUGAAGCACCUUAACAAGAAGCUGAACACUGACCUUACUAAGGGGAAGUAUUUAAUCUCUGCAGUAGUAAUGAAGUACCAGGCUGUCCUAGCGCAUAGAAUGAUGCCCGCUUUCCAGGUGGUCUACAACAAGCACACUCUGACACUGGAAGACUUGUCUACGCUGGACGAUCAGAACUGGCUCAAUGACCAGGUCAUGAAUAUGUAUGGAGAAUUAAUCAUGGAGUCUGCACAACACAAGGUCCAUUUCUUUAACAGCUUCUUCCACCGACAGCUCAUGACCAAAGGAUAUGAAGGGGUGAAGAGGUGGACCAAGAAGGUGGAUCUCUUCUCCAAGGCUCUGCUGCUGAUACCCAUUCACCUGGAGAUCCACUGGUGUCUGGUGACGGCUGACACCGCCAGCAAGAGGAUCCACCUCUACGACUCCCAGGGCAUCGUUUUCAAGGAGGCUGCUGAGAAUGUUUUAAGGUACAUACAUACUGAAGCGAAGGAGAGGAAGCAAACUGCAUUUCAAAAUGGCUGGAAGAUGUAUAUCAACGAGAGAAUACCACAACAGACAAAUGAAAACGACUGUGGAGUUUUUGUGUUAGAGUACUGCAGGUGCCUUGCUUUGGGGAAACCGCUGCAAUUCUCCCAAGGGGACAUGCCGACUGUGCGAAAGAGAAUCUACAGAGAGCUCUGUGAAUGCAAGCUACAGGGCUGACAAAAUGGACCUUUCACCUUUUCACCAUCCUCACUCACCUCACCUGGGUCAUACUAAUUAAGGCACACUGUAGCAAAAUGUUUUGCAAUGGUAAAAAAAAGUUGAGAUUGUCCUGUCUUUCAAGAAUCCUUGAGCCAUAGAAAAUGGGGGGGGGGGGGGUUGGUUUGGACCCUGUCAUUGUGUUAGCUGAUAUAUCUAAUUAGUGGAGAAGCAUCUCCACCCCAUAUUCUGACAACCUGUCAUUUCAAGCCGCAUGGUAGCAGACUGACUAGCUGGUAUUUAUUUUAGCUUAUGGUGUAACAAAAUAUGUUGUGAACAGUCUGUAAUGACAGCAGACUAGUUGGUCUCCUAGAUGUUGACAUUUUUAUUUUAUAAAGAACUUGUAUGAACUUGGUACUUACUGACUUAACAAAGUCUGAGGCAACUCUAUAUACGUGUGUCCACUGUUUUUCAAUGUUUAUUGCAUAAUUCUACAUGAGCUUCAACAACGCUUAGACUAUUGUUGAAGGCGGCAGACCGAAUAGCAACUUACCAUUGAAUGUAUUGAACAUACGGAAAGUAUUCUAUCUAGUUUUUGUUCACAAUUUCGUUAUAGUUUGUGUUUUAGACAUUUCUGUAUGGGUCAAAUUUAAGUUUUUUUGAAUUGGAAAAAUUGCAUUCAUUUAAAUGUAUUCUGUUGUCACUUUGUCAGUUAGAUUUGCAAUUUACCUUUAAGACUUAAGUUUUCCUAUUAUGUCAUGUCUAUCUCCCGGAGGCUCAGUUCUGUAACAGGUCAGCAGGAGGUUAAUUUGGAUCAGGUUUUGAGCCAUUAAAAAGUAAAUCAGGGCCCUUAUUCAUAAAGCGUGUUAAGGUAGGACUGCUCGGAGAAGCUUUGAGAAUACAGUCCCAGAAGGAUACAUAAUGUUUUUGUGUCUUUGUCACCUUACUUUCAAGAAAGACAUAAUCUGGUAUUUUUAUUUAACCAGGCAAGUCAGUUAAGAACAAAUUCUUAUUUACAAUGAAGGGCUACCGGGGAACAACUGCCUUGUUCAGGGGUAGAACGACAGAUUUUUACCUCGUCAGUUCGGGGAUUUGAUCCAGCAACCUUUCGGUUACUGGCUCUAACCACUUGGCAACCUGCCGCCCCAAUAUUGAACAAAGUUAUUGUAAAGUAUAUGUACAUAAUAAUGUUAAAGUAACUAAAUUAAUUUGAUUUAGAGCCACUCUGUGUGCAUUAUUUUACCUAAUGUAUUGUACAUAUUUUCACUUAACAGAUUUGAUAUGCAUGUUGAGAUUAUGAAUAAUGGUGAGAUAUAUAUACAUACAUUUGGACACGUACUCAAUACAGGAUUUUUCUUUAUUAUUACUACGUUCUACAUUGUAGAAUAAUAGUGAAUACAUCAAAACUAUGAAAUAACACAUGGAAACAUGUAGUUACCAAAAAAGUGUAAAACAAAUCAAAUUAUAUUUUAUAUUUGAGAUUCAUUAAAGUAGCCACCCUUUGCCUUGAUGACAGCUUUGCUCACACUUGACAUUAUCUCAACCAGCUUCAUGAUGGAGUCACCUGGAAUGCAUUUCAAUUAACAGGUGUGCCUUGUUCAUUUGUGGAAUUUCUUCCUUAAUGCGUUUGAGCCAAUCGGUUGUGUUGUGACAAGGUAGGGGUGGUAUAUAGAAGAUAGCCCUAUUUGGUAAAAGACCAAGUCCAUAUAUGGCAAGAACAGCUCAAAAAGCAAAGAGAAAUGAUAGUCCAUCAUUACUUUAAGACAUGAAGAUCAGUCAAUAUGGAACAUUUCAAGAACUUUGAAAGUUUCUUCAGUUGCAAAAAAACAUCAAGAUCAAUGAUGACACUGGCUCUCAUGAGGACCGCCACAGGAAAUGAAGACCCAGAGUUACCUCUGCUGCAGAGGAUAAGUUCGUUAGAGUUACCAGCCUCAGAAAUUGCAGCCAAAAUAAAUGCUUCAGAGUUCAAGUAACAGGUACAUUUCAUCAACUGUUCAGAGGAGACUGCGUGAAUCAGGCCUUGAUGGUUGAAUUGCUGCAAAUAAACCACUACUAAAGAACACCAAUAAGAAGAAGAGACUUGCUUGGGCCAAGGAACACGACCAAUGGACAUUAGACCGGUGGAAAUCUGUCCUUUGGUCUGAUGAGUCCAAAUUUGUGAUUUUUGGUUCAAACCACCGUGUCUUUGUGAGACGCAGAGUUGGUGAACAGAAGAUCUCUGCAUGUGUGGUUCCCACCGUGAAGCAUGGAGGAGGUGUGAUGGUGUUUUGCUGGUGACAUUGUCUGUGAUUUAUUUAGAUUUCAAGGCACACUUAACCAGCAUGGCUACCACAGCAUUCUGCAGCAAUACGCCAUCCCAUCUGGUUUGCUCUUAGUGGGACUAUCCAUUUUUUGUUUCUCAACAGGACAAUGACCCAAAACACCUCCAGGCUGUCUAAGGGCAAUUUGACCAAGAAGGACAGUGAUGGAGUGCUGCAUCAUGACCUGGCCUCCACAAUCACCCAACCUAAACCCAAUUGAGAUGGUUUGGGAUGAGUUGGACCGAAAGGCAGGAAAAGCAGCCAACAAGUGCUCAGCAUAUGUGGGAACUCCUUCAAGACUGUUGGAAAAGCAUUCCGGGUGAAGCUGGUUGAAAGAAUGCCAAGAGUGUUCAAAGCUGUCCUCAAGGCAAAGGGUGGCUACUUUGAAGAAUAUGAAAUAUACUUUGUUGGUUACUACAUGAUUCUAUUUGUGUUAUGAUACAGGCCUCCCGAGUGGCGCAGUGGUCUAAGACACAAGAGGUGUUACUGCAGUACCUGGUUCAAAUCCAGGCUGCAUCACAUCCGGCCGUGAUUGGGAGUACCAUAGGGCGGCGCACAAUUGGCCCGGCGUAGGCCGUCAUUGUAAAUAAGAAUUUGUUCUUAACUGACAUGCCUUGUUAAAUAAAACUAAAAAUGUCAUAGUUUGAUGCUUCUCUAUUAUUCUACAAUGUAGAAAAUAGAAAAAUAAAGAAAAACCCUUGAAUGAG